UUCAGUGCAGAAGAGUCAAGUCUUGAUCAGGUUGAUCCUCUACCAUCUGAGCAAACGCCAGAAGUAAAUUUAUGGGAGAGACUUGGCAAAGCUGCGGUUUUGGACAUUGAAUCAAGCACCUUUUCAUGGAACAUGCUGUCUUCUCUUCACCACACAGAACACAGUAGUAGUACCGAACAGUCCGAGGAUGAAACCAAUAAAGCAUUAGAGGUGACUGUAAAUUCUGGGGGUGUUGUAUUCUUUGCGCUAUUUAACGAACCUGAAAAUGAUGAUGCUUCUCCAAAAGAAGCUGCGGCUGUUAUAAAGAUAUCAUCUUCGAGGAUGGCUACACAAUCAGAACGUCUGGGUUAUGAAUUUGCGAAGUGGCUAGGUGUCCAAACUCCACAAUCCAGGGUUAUUCAUAAUUGUAGCCCAGAGUGGCUACAGAUCAAGGAAGCUGCAGAAAAAGCAAAAGAUGCAGCGAUUUUGGAAGGUGAUGGGAUUGUGGAAAUGACGUGUUCAGAACUUCUGGAAGCUCUUGAGCUAAGCCGGUGCCUUAUGUUAAUGAAUUACAUACAUGGGUCCCCCCUGUUGGAGAGCUCAAAUGCAUUUGAUUCAAGAGAAGCAGGAGAAAGGACUGCGGCAGCACUAGGUAGGGUUUUGAUGUUGGAUCUUGUCAUCAGAAAUGAAGAUCGGCUUCCAUGUCGCCAUCUCAGAUGGCGCGGUAACCCUGCAAAUUUAUUGUUAGCUGAUAAAGUGAAUGCUGCAAACUUGGACGCACUAGCAGCAGCCUUCGAUUCUGCAAUUGAUAGAUAUAGGCCGAGAGUGAUUCGGGCGCUUCAGAAAGAAAGAAGAGCUAAUUCUGUAGAUAGCAGAAUAAGCACUCCUAACCCAGGAUUAAUAUCACAGAGUUCCGACCUUUCAGACAUCACAGAAUCUCCAAAAUCCAGCAAUAUGAGUGUAAGUCAAACUUCAAAUGAGUCAUGUCCAGAUUUUCACGUUGUAGCAAUAGACUCUGGGGUUCCUCGAAGACCACCUGCAGGAAAGCGUGCAAGUGAUCAAGAAAAUUAUCCUAAGCUGGUUGAGCUCCUAAUUAACAGUCCCGAGUAUGCUUCAAAAAUAUUAUAUGAGAUUACGGGAGGAAAAUUAGGAUCUCCACCAGAGGAUUCUGAUAUAAUGAACAACUAUCAGGCAGCUGAUGCAGCUUCAAUAGUGCAUGAGUUCCGGAGUGGAUUUCGUGCAGCUCUACGUGACUUGCAGGGAUUUCAUAUAUUCAUUGUCACACUUCAUCAGAAACUGGAUAGCCUCUUUCGAGUAUUUCUUAAUAUUAUCAACCGUGCUUCUGCUGGCGAUCUUGAGAAAGAAGACUUGGUAAUUCCUGAGUCACCUUCACAAUCUGCUGGCGUUGCGGGGCAUUGCCCAUCAACACCAAGUAAAGAACGCACACCAAAUGAUAAUUAUUUGGAUUCAAAUGAAUCAGAAUGUCAGAGAACAGCUACUAGACCAUCAUCUUCAGGAUGCAGAGACAGCUUGGAUUCUACUGUUUCUCCAAGUUCACGUGAUAGCUGGCAAGGAAAGCUCUGUAAGGGCAGUGGUGAGCCACUUCGUAGUCUCCGUUUGACUUCAAAACUCCGUGACUUUCAUAAGUUUGCUAAGGUAGAUGCAGAACUAAAUAAAGAGUUGGAGCAAUGGAAUGAGAUGCUUAAAAGUGAUGCAGUUAAACUAUGCCAGGAAAACAAUUUUAAUUCAGGUUUCUUUGAAGGAAGUGAUAGUAAUUAUGUGGUUGAUGCUUAUGAGCUAAAGAUCAGGCUUGAGCACAUUCUGGAGAGGAUAUCAUUAAUUUCUGAUGCUGCAAAUACAGAAAAACCAUCUGCAAUCUCAGCCAGCUUGUUUAUUGGUGGCGCACUUGCUGCUAGAUCUGUGUACACACUGCAACAUUUAGGGAUCACACAUAUCUUAUGUCUCUGUGCAAAUGAAACUGGGCAGUCAGACUCCCAAUUUCCUGAUUUAUUUGAAUAUAAGAACUUUUCCAUAUGUGAUGAAGAAGAUUCUAAUAUCAGUGCACUCUUUAACGAAGCUCAUGAUUUUAUCGAUCUUGUUGAAGAAAACGGCGGGAAGGUUCUGGUUCAUUGCUUUGAAGGGAGAAGCAGGAGUGCUACAGUAGUUCUUGCUUAUUUAAUGCUCAGGAAGAAGUUUACUUUGUUAAAGGCAUGGAAUACAUUGAGACGAGUUCAUCGUCGAGCCCAACCUAAUGAUGGUUUUGCAAGGAUUCUUUUGGACCUAGAUCGCAAGUUGCAUGGUAAGGUUUCUAUGGAAUGGCAACAGCGGAAGCCAAGCAUGAAGGUUUGUCCCAUCUGUGGAAAGAACGCUGGCUUGAGCAGCAGUUCGCUGAAGCUUCAUUUGCAGAAAGCACACAAGAAACUAUCAUCUGGAAGUGUGGACAGUGCUAUGAACAUGGAAAUACAGAAGGCCUUAGAUGUUGGGAAUAAACCCCUUACCAAAAUAAUAUUCACGGUAAUAAAGCGGAAUAAUAAUGUAGNAGAUGCACUCAAAAUAAGUCGAGGUGGAAGUGUCAGCCCUACGCAAAGACAAUCUUCCAUGAUUGAAGAUUUGGAAUCAUGA